GUCUCGCACCCUUGCGCGGUACAGUCGCGUCCCUUCGCCGCAAAUAAUCCCGCGCUUUAUACUCUGUGCUAGUGUCAUUUUUGAAUUUAGAAUCUUUUGUGAGCGUGUUAGUGUGUGUGACAUUUGGAUUUUUUUCUACGCACUAUUAUCCCCGGAAUAAAACCUUUUUUAUUUUUCUACUAAAACAAGAGCUUCAACAGACUAACUAUGUUAUAGUGGAAAGUUCCUAAACACAUAUACACAUACAUAGUGCAGUGUUCCUAUAUAUAAGUAUUUUGGACAAUACUUUGUAUUUAGUGAACUAAUUAGUUUCCAAAAUGGGUUGCAACACCAGCUCCGAAGCGAAGACUACCAAGGAUGAGAAGAAUAAUGCGCAGGACAACCAAACAAAUACGGCUACAGAAGAGAAAGCCAAGGAGACAGAAGCUAAGUCUGACGAGAAGUCAGAAGAGCAGGCAGCGACAAAGAUCCAGGCGGCCUUCCGUGGACAUCGGACGAGGAAAUCCAUGAGCAUGAAGACCAGCAAGCAGCAGCCACAGCCAGAACCCCAGCCUACUAAGGCCGAGCUGGAGGCGGAGUUCCGGGCUGAUGAUAAAGAGCUAUGCAACGCAGCUACCAAGAUCCAGGCUUCGUUCAGAGGUCACCAGGCUCGCAAGGAGAAGGAGCAGGCUGUGAAGGAUCAGGAGCAGCAGGAUAAGGAGGACAUCGAAAAGAUUGACCUCUCUGAUCCCGACCUGAACAAGGCUGCGACCAAGAUCCAGGCCUCGUUCCGCGGCCACAAAGUUCGCAAGGACGUCAAAUAAACGGACCAUGAGGUCUAAACAGGGAUGGAAGGUCUCUGACUUUGCAAACAUGGACUUUACUGCCCAAAACUUAAAUCUCAUUAUUGGUUUUUCAAGAGUAAUUUUGAUUUUUCAACUGUCUCUGUUUUUAAUGGGAGAAAAUUUUGGUCAAUUGUUUUGUAUGAAAAGCAUUUAUGAUUUGUUUUUAAGUAUUUUUUUUAUUCUUGUUCUUUAUGUUGAUUAAAUUGUGCUCGAUUCUUAGUAUACAUCCAAAUCGGAUAGGUGGUUUGAUCGUCCACCUAUCCGAUUUAAAUACCAUCCGAUGUUUUCUAGCAAUCGACGAUAUUUAAUCGAGUUUCUACGCUACGAUGUCACAUCUCUAAUCUUAUUAUAGUGAUGUGCAAGAUAAAAUUUUUUGGGGUAUGAUAUUUUUUUAUUGAUAUUUUUUUUUUUUUGAUUUUCAUAUUUGCAAAGUCAGAAACAAUAGAUGUGUUUACUGAAUAGUAAAAAGUAAAGUGAGUAAUCGUGUAGAGUAUGUCAAUUCUCUACUGUAUUAUUGUCAAUUUUAUGUCGCGUACUUGUUGUUGUUGAAAAAUCAAAAACUUUGCGUUAAUUUUCCAAAUAAAAAACGUAAUGUAUGAAGGACUUCACUUUACUGAAAUUUCUGAUGCAUUUCCAUAAAUAAUAAUCAAAGUUAAAUGUUAAAAAUAAAUAUAAUAAUCCAUCUUUUAAGAUAAAUCUAUCUUUUUCUCAACAUAUAAUAUGUUUUUCUUAGCAUUGGAUUGACGUGUCUCAUGAAUACUAAAAAAAGUAGAAAAUACUGUAUGGAGUGAAUUGAACUAUUUAUAACAUAAUAAAAAAAUAUUUAUCCCGUUUUUUCUAUUAUAAAUUUUCAUCACAAUAUUUCGUGUACCCUAUAUAAAUAAAUAUGGGCAUUUUAUUAUUAUUAUUAUUUCAAUUAAUUAAUUAAUAACAUUCCAAGUUUCAAUGUUUGUUGAAAAAUUUAUAUUAUUAUUUAGGUUAAUGUAGUUUUUAAGAUUAAUUAGUUUUAGUGGCAACCAAUAAGCUUGUGACAUGUUUAAUUUAUUGUUAAAAGAAUUUAAUUUUUUUAAUCUAAUUUAUUCAUUUAUUGUUUAUUAAUAUAAUUUUAUUAUUUCAUUAUGACACAAUUUCGCUGGAUUUUCCUGUAAAUUGCUGGUAUAUUUAGGGUUUAUAUUAAAUUAAAUAUUUAAUAUUCGCCUAUAUUAAA